AUGUUCACCUUUGGCGUUUCUUCCUACUUCCUGUGGACCCAGAAGGGGCAGACAGUGCUGCCGCUUGUGCGGGGGAGCGGGUUUCUUUUAGCCUUUCAACAACUGAACACCUUCUACAGUUAUCAUGUCAUGUCCGCUGCUCACGUCACUUGCCCCGUCAAGUACCGGAAGCUCUACGGGGACACCGUUGGGCUCAAGGCAAUCGGAGAGCGGCACAUUAGCACCCGCCUGCUCAUACCAGAUGAAGCAACACGUAAAGUGCGAUCAUCUUUCGAGCUGGAGUUCAGACAGCAGUACAUGCCGAACACUGAUGUUGCUUCACUGCGUCUGUGUAGGGAGAAGCAGUUCAAGGAGACCAUACAGUCGCCACAGGAUAGCAGUGCCGGCACCACAUCUCCGCUGGAGGUAAUCGAGCCAGAUCUGGAUCCCAUCGAGGAGGGGGAUGAGCUUAUCUUGUGCGGAGUGCAUACGGAGGAGGAGCGAGCAAACCCAAACGACGACGGACUGAUGCUUACCCCCAUGCGUUUGGCAGCCACGUGUAAGGCGGCUCUCUUGUCGCUUGACUACGGUAUCGUUCUGUUAGCCUCCAUCGAUGGCCCAGCCGAGGAGGUAAGAAGGAGCAGCAGCGGCAGCGCGGUUUCUGCCAGCAGCUCAGUCACAGUACCUCCGCUUUCCUUGAGCAUGUGCGGCGGUCCGGUGCUUCGCCGUUCCUCAGGAAGGUGCGUUGGUGUGAUUGCGGCGCGGGUUAUGAAGAACGCGCCACCGCGCGAUCCGCAAGCUGUCUCACUCUACCAGGACCCAUAUCUGGACAUCUCCGAGCACAUCGCCUUACACACGCACUGGCCGCUGGAUGUUGCGUUUGUGCCUAUAGGUGAGUUCUACGACGCUCUCCGUCGCUGCGAGAUGUAG